AAUGCCACGGUCCUUUUUAGUGAAAAGUAAGAAGGCGCACACCUACCACCAGCCCCGUGCACAGGACGAUGACCUGGUCUGGCCUCCUGUUGUAAUUCCUGUGGUGAAAGAGCAUAUCCUGAGUAGCAGCCCUGUCCUGGGCACACUACUCCCAAGUCAGACCCUGGACUGGAACGCAGUCAAACAGGAGCGGGAGAUGCUGCUGGACCAGAGCCUGCCCAAGAUGGCCUCAGCCCCAGAGGGGCCUCUGGUGACAUCCCAACCCCAGGAUGGAGAGUCGCCGGUCUCUGAGUCACCCCCUUUCUACAAGCCCAGCUUCUCUUGGGAUACCCUGGCCUCCUCCUACAACCACAGCUACCAACAGACCCCUUCUACCAUGCAGUCGGCUUUUCUGGAGCGCUCCGUGAGGCUCUAUGGCAGCCCCCUUGUGCCCAGCACCGAAUCCCCCUUGGACUUCAGCCUCCGCUAUUCUCCGGGCAUGGACACUUACCACUGUGUCAAGUGCAACAAGGUCUUCUCCACCCCUCAUGGGCUAGAAGUGCACGUCCGCCGCUCUCACAGUGGAACCCGGCCCUUUGCCUGUGACAUCUGUGGCAAAACCUUCGGCCACGCUGUGAGCUUAGAGCAACACACACAUGUCCAUUCCCAGGGCGUCCCAGCCGGGUCCAGUCCUGCGCCCAGCUUGGCUGUCCCGGGCCUCAAGGCCCCACCUGCACCUGACCCCCCAGGGCCUCGUUUCCUCCGGCAGGAGCGUAGCUUCGAGUGCCGGAUGUGUGGCAAAGCCUUCAAGCGCUCGUCCACCCUGUCUACCCACCUGCUCAUCCACUCGGACACGCGGCCCUACCCCUGCCAGUUCUGUGGGAAGCGCUUCCACCAGAAGUCGGACAUGAAGAAACACACCUACAUCCACACAGGUGAGAAGCCCCACAAGUGUCAGGUGUGCGGGAAGGCCUUCAGCCAGAGCUCCAACCUCAUCACCCACAGCCGCAAGCACACAGGCUUCAAGCCCUUCAGUUGUGAGCUGUGCACCAAGGGCUUCCAGCGCAAGGUGGACCUGCGUCGUCACCGUGAGAGCCAGCACAACCUCAAGUGAGACUACCAGUCAGCCUGCUCCAGUGUGUCUCAUCAGCAGGCCACUCUCACAACUCUGACCCUUGUCCCCCAUCCUCCCGGAAGCAGCUCUGUCCAGGAGACUGCCCAGGAGGCUUCUUUUGAGAUUCGUGGAGUUGCUGGACAACCUCAAGCAAGCCCCACUCCUUCUUGGACUGCUAUAAGGUGUCAGCUCGGCGUUUCUGAACUGUAGUCACAGAUGUACUCUGGUCUUGUCUCCUGCCGGAGCACAGAAGGCUACAAGACCCUGGUGGCCAAAACCAGGAUGGCAUGCCGGGCAGUGGUGGCGCACGCCUUUAAUCCUAGCACUUGAGAGGCAGAGGCAGGCGGAUCUCUGGGAGU